AUGGCGAUCUGCGAAAGUAGUCUCAUGCACACCACUACCAUGCCACCACCAUUGUCGCCUUUCCUUCCACGAUAUAUGGUAAUCGAACAGGUUGCUGGACGACAACGACUACGACACAACGAGGAUAACGAUAUUGUGUUAGUAGUAGUGAUGGUGCUGGUGAUGGAAGGAACAUUUUGCGUCGGUGCCGUUGAAUGUUACGAACUCGCAAAGCAUAAGAACCGAAGAGGUGACUACUUGCCUCAGGGUCUGAUUUCAUUUUAUUCUCAAAAAAUGAGCAAUGUUAACCUCAAAACUCGUCAUAGGUUGAUUCUAGCGACACACAGCGGUGCACACUUUCAAAAUGAAGCUCCACAGUUAACUGGUUGUGGUGGUGGUGAAGAAACAAAUUCUGAGAAGAAUUGUUGCUACGAUUGGAAGGAACUGAAUAACGAAGUUAACAAAUGUUCCAAGUCCUUUGAAAUUCAACCGGACGAGGUGGGAGGUAGUACGACGGUUGUAGCAGAGGGUGUAAUAGGCGGCAUAAGGGGCCCAGGCGGCGGGUGCCGCGCAUCCUCGAUGACUAUGGCCGAGAGCGCCGUGGAGGACGCAGCAGCCGCGCCCCCGGGUCCGGCAAAGCCGCCCCCGCCCUCCUGUACCAACAAUAAUACCCUGGCGGCAACGGCUAAUAGAAAUCAUAGGAAUCCAAGAAAGAGAAAAAGAUUGGCCCAAGUACUUGACAUAUUGCAAGCUCAUCGUAGUUCACCCUCGGAGGGUGAGGUUUUAAGGUUUGAGGGUAACGGUCCGGCAUCUGAGGAAGACGAGGACGUUUUUAGUUCGCCAAGGUCGUCUUCGAGGUCGGCUAUUGACAGUCCGUCAGCUUUGAACAUUCAACCAUUGAGGCUUAAGGACGAGGAUUCACCCGUAACACCGACGGGUGAGGAAGAAGAAAAUCAAAUGUCCAACAGCACCAACACAACUACGACUACGACGACAUCUACGACGACGGCUAUGACAACAACGACAAUGGUUGGUGAAGGUGGUGGAGAGGAAGAUCAACGAAAUCAUCAUCGUCAUCAUCACAAUCAUCAUAAUCAUCAUAAUCAUCAUAAUCAUCAUCAUCACAGAAGUAACCGUCAUCAUAAUAAUAAUCGUAACUUACCUUACAACAAUAAAACUCGGCACAACCCGAAUCAAAAAUCGUCCACGUCGAAUCGUUCAUCAACGGGCAAACCGAACAACGGUGCUUGUACAUGCAUACAGUGCAGUCAGUCCCCUAAUUCAAGUGGUGGUGGUGGUGGGAUGAUGUUGCAUUCACCAACUUCCCCGUUAACACCGUUGACUCCGUUGACCCCGCUGACACCAUUGUCCCUACCACCAAUCACACCGUACAGUUUCGAACAAUACAUGCACACCAAAUACCUGCCAGAUAUGUUUCGUGGACGUAGUCAUUCGGAUACCGAUUUGUUGUCAAGCUGGGAACAGAGGAUACCACCACCGGCCUCGACUACGUCAUCGUCGUCCAUGUCAUUGAUGGUAAAUCAAAAUCAUCCAACUCGUAAUAGCGGCUCGUUAGAAAGCGAAACGACGACAAGUACGACGACGACGACGACGAGUCCGCAGGAGUUACCGUUGGAUCUUUCGAUGAAAAAUUUAAUGGCAUCGGCAGCAGCAGCAGCAGCAGCAGCGGCAGCGGCAGCAGCAGCAUCAGCAGCAGCAUCAGCAACGGGGGGUAAUAGACCUCCGGCACUUCGACUGUUACCAGCUGGCAUCGUGACGAGGGGUUCCGUGAGUGUACCAGUUGUCAGAGGAGACGUUGCAUCACCUACUACGAAGGAGAGCGUUGCUGUGAGAUAUAACCUUGAAGUUUCACCAGUAGUCGAGGAGAUGCCGCCUGGUGCCGAUUUGGCAUACGUAUGUCCGGAAUGCGGGCAGAUGUUUAGCUUGCACGACAGAUUAGCCAAACACAUGGCAUCGAGGCAUCGCAAACAGGGACCACACGAUGCUUCAGCAAAAGCAUAUCUUUGCGAUGUUUGUCAGAGGAGCUUCGCCAGGUCGGAUAUGUUGACGAGACACAUGAGGUUGCACACAGGGGUAAAACCUUACACGUGCAAAGUGUGCAACCAGGUGUUCAGCAGGUCGGAUCAUUUAAGUACUCAUCAACGAACCCACACCGGAGAGAAACCUUACAAAUGUCCUGACUGUACCUAUGCUGCAUGUCGCAGGGACAUGAUCACCAGGCAUCAAAGGACCCACAAUAAAUUUCUUGAAAACCAAGGAAGAUCUUCAGGAACAACAAGUAGUGGGACUACCAAAACUGAACCUGGUACUUUACCAUCUGAUGGUACAACUAGUCCAACGUCUUACGGACAAUCAAUCCAACCAUCAUCACCUUCAUCAACUGGCCCACCUAUUAAAACCGAAUGACGACGAGCCAUUGGACGACCAUGGUUCCUUCUUUCAUCCUCACCUCGAGCAGCUUCUUCAAAUUCAAGAAAAACACGUGGACGUUCUUCUAACUCAGUCGUCAUAGCUAAUUCCAUUUUGUCCAAUCGCGAACUCGAGCGUGGAACUUUGCGUCGUCGUACACGCGAAUCUCGACGUUGAUAAAAAAAACAAACACAAAUAUGGAGAAUUCUUAUCUCGGACUGUAUUUAACCCUUAAAAUCUUAAAAUCCUUCAUCUAACACACCCCCUUUUUUUUCUCUUCGUACACGAUUUUUAUUCGAGUAUUGGAGGCAAAUUAAUAUUUUUGUUUAUUUUCAUCUGUAAUGCAGAAAAUAAGACUCUCUCGCUCUCUUUCUUUUUUUCUAUGAUCGAUCAUCUUAAUUAAAUUGU